ACAUCAUCCCACCAGACUCCAUUCACGAUGGAGUUUGGCACAGGGAAGAAGAUGCCCUUAUGGGCCUUCAUAUUUACAAUCUGCUGUAUCCAACAGAAAGUCUCUAGCGACGAAGGCAUAUCUGGAAAAGUAACCAUCAUUCCACCAAUCACAACUCCAGUUAUCACAUCCUUCAAUCAAGCUCACAAUGGACAAGUGUGCAGCACAUGGGGCAACUUCCAUUUCAAGACAUUUGAUAGAGACAUCUUUUAUUUUCCUGGGCUUUGCAACUAUGUCUUUGCCUCCCAUUGCAACACUGCCUUUGAGGACUUCAACAUUCAGAUAAGGCGCACAGUUGUAGGAGACAUGCCAUCUAUCAGUUAUAUCACCAUGAGGCUGGAUGGAGUGGAUGUGCAAUUAGAAGAAGAUGCCGUUGAGGUGAAUGGUGAAAGGGUUGAGCUGCCCUACAGUGGAGCUGGAUUUCUAAUUGAAAAAUCUACCAGCUAUGUUAUAAUAACUGCCAAGUUGGGCUUAAACUUAAUGUGGAAUGAAAAAGACAGUCUAAUGUUGGAACUGGAUAAAAAAUAUGCUAACCAGACCUGUGGGCUUUGUGGAGAUUUUAAUGGCAUUCCAACUUACAAUGAAUUCAUUUCAGAUGGUGUCCACUUAACUGACCUGCAGUUUGGGAAUAUGCAGAAGCUGAAUGGGCCAACAGAGGAGUGUGAGGAUCCUAUACCUUUUCCACUGAACAACUGCACUGAUGUAUAUGAUAUUUGUCGACAAGUACUUACUGGCUCUGCAUUCUCUCAAUGUAAUGAUGUCGUGUGGGUGGAUGACUACAUUGAUAUCUGCGUACAGGACCUGUGCCUCUGCAAUGAUUCUGAUAACUUUUCCUGCCUCUGUCAAACUUUUGCUGAAUACUCCCGGCAGUGUGAUCAUGCCGGUGGGCAGCCUCAGAACUGGAGAACCCCAGAACUGUGCCCAAUGGGAUGUCCUUUCAACAUGGAAUACCAAGAAUGUGGAUCACCCUGUAUGGAUACUUGCACCAACUCUGAAAGGUCUCAGCUCUGUGAAGACCACUGUAUGGAUGGCUGCUUCUGUCCACCAGGAACUGUAUACGAUGACAUCAGCGGCUCAGGUUGUGUUCAACUUGAACAGUGUUCCUGCAUUUACAAUGGCAAAUCCUAUGCUCCAGGGGCAACCUAUUCAGAACCAUGCCGUUCCUGUCUCUGCGCUGGAGGCCAAUGGGACUGCACAGAUGUUCCAUGUCCUGGUAUUUGCUCAGUAGAAGGUGGAUCACACAUCUCCACUUAUGAUGAAAAGCAUUAUGAUGUCCAUGGAGACUGCACUUAUGUUCUGUCUAAGACUUGCAAUGACAACCUGUUCACUGUUCUUGGAGAGCUCCGCAGAUGUGGCCUAACAGAAACUGAAACAUGCUUAAAGAUGGUAACCCUCAACAUUAAUGGAGGCGAAACUAACGUUGUGAUCAAGCCUGAUGGUGACAUAUUCCUGAAUUGGAUCUAUACCCAACUACCUAUCUCAACAGCCAAUGUGACCAUCUUCAGUCCUUCCUCUUUCUACACAAUUGUGCAAUGCAGCUUUGGCCUUCAGCUUGUCAUCCAGCACACACCCAUGAUGCAAGUGUACAUGUAUCUGGAUCCAUCUUUUAAAGAAAGAACGUGUGGUCUGUGUGGAAACUUUGACAGCCGUGAGACAGAUGACUUCAAAGUCCUAAGUGGGGUAGUAGAGGGGACAGCCGCUACAUUUGCUAACACCUGGAAAACUCAGGCAGCAUGUCCCAACAUCAAACAUACAUUUGAGGACCCUUGCACACUUAGCAUAGAAAAUGAAAAAUAUGCCAGUCACUGGUGUGGAUUGCUGACUGAUAGUGAAGGACCUUUUGCUGAAUGCCAUUCCGCAGUGAAUGCAGCUCCUUAUCAUAAGAAUUGCAUGUUUGACACUUGCAACUGUGAAAGAAGUGAAGAUUGCAUGUGUGCAGCCCUCUCGUCCUAUGUCAGAGCCUGUGCAGCCAAGAAGAUUGAACUUCCAGGAUGGAGGACCACUGUCUGUACCAAAUACACAACAUGCGCUCAGUCCCUGAAUUACAGCUAUGCCAUCAGUUCCUGUCAGCCUACCUGUCGAUCACUAAGUGAACCUGAUGUCACCUGCAAUAUCAAAUUUGUCCCUGUUGAUGGAUGUACAUGUGAAAGCGGCACUUACUUGGAUAGUUCUGGAAAAUGUGUGCCUGCUCAAAUGUGCCCCUGUUAUUACAAAGGAAAUCCUGUACUCUCUGGUGAAGUCCUCCAUGAUCUCGGUGCUGUAUGCACUUGUAGUAAAGGAAAGCUGAACUGCAUUGGUGGUGGAGGAGACUCAAAGUCAAUAUGUGUUGCUCCCAUGGUAUACUUUGACUGCAAAAACGCCACUGCAGGCACCACUGGAGCUGAAUGUCAGAAGAGUUGUCAGACACUUGAUAUGCACUGUUACAGCACACAAUGUGUCUCUGGAUGCAUGUGCCCCAGUGGAUUAGUAUCAGAUGGUAACGGUGGCUGUAUUCCUAUGGAGGAGUGUCCAUGUGUCCACAAUGAUGUAACUUAUAAACCCGGAGAAAAGAUCAAAGUUGACUGUAACACCUGUGUAUGUAAGGACAGAAUGUGGAAGUGCACAAAGAACAAAUGCUUGGCUACCUGUGCUGUUUAUGGAGAUGGACAUUAUAUCACUUUUGAUGACAAGCGUUACAUUUUCAAUGGGAAGUGUGAAUACACCUUAGUCCAGGAUCGCUGUGGACAGAAUAGCUCCAACAAUGCAACUUUCCGAGUCAUCACCGAAAACGUUCCCUGUGGCACAACUGGAACCACUUGCUCAAAAACUAUUAAAAUAUUUUUUGGGACCGAUGAACUAAUACUCAGUGAGGAGCACCAUGAACUGAUACAAAGGGGUGAAGGAAAUCAUCCACUGCCCUACAGGAUUCGCUACAUGGGCAUCUACUUGGUUAUUGAAACCUACAAUGGACUGGUCAUCUUAUGGGACAAAAAAACAAGCAUCUUUAUUAAACUAAGUGCUGAUUUCAAGGGCCAAGUCUGUGGCUUGUGUGGGAAUUAUGAUGGCAGUGGAGUUAAUGAUUUUACAACUCGAAGUCAAUCUGUAGUAGGUAAUGUGUUGGAAUUUGGAAACAGUUGGAAGGUAUCUCCCACGUGCCCUGAUGCUAAGUGCACAAAGGAUCCCUGUGCCAAGAACCCCUACCGAAAAUCAUGGUCUCAGAAGCAAUGCAGCAUCAUCAACAGCAAGACCUUUGCUACCUGCCAUUCUCACGUUGACCCAACUAAAUAUUAUGAAGCUUGUGUGACUGACUCUUGUGCUUGUGAUGCCGGAGGAGAUUGUGAAUGUUUCUGUACCGCAGUAGCUGCCUAUGCUCAAGCAUGUAGUGAAUUUGGAGUGUGUGUCACAUGGAGGUCACCAUCCAUCUGUCCACUGUUCUGUGACUACUACAAUGCUGAAGGUGAAUGUGACUGGCACUACAAGCCUUGUGGAGCCCCAUGCAUGAAGACGUGUAGAAACCCAAGUGGGAGAUGCCUUCAUCAUUUACCAGGCUUGGAAGGUUGUUAUCCAUACUGUCCUCCUGAGAAGCCUUAUUUCAGUGAGGACGAGAUGAGAUGUGUUAGUGUUUGUGGCUGCUAUGAUGGUCAGGGUGACUAUUACCCACCAGGAACAAUAUUUGACUCAAAGAAGACAUGUCAGACAUGUCAAUGCACCAAUAAAGGCAUGGAGUGUAGCUAUGAUCCUAAAGCAUGUUACUGCUAUUACGAAGGAAAGACCUAUACCUACAGGGAUGUCAUCUACAACACCACAGAUGGCUUGGGCUGGUGCAUGAUUGCAACCUGUGAUGUCAAUGGAACCAUAAAUAGAGAAGUGUACAAAUGUGCAGGAACAACCCCAACAACACCAUUUACAUUUACCACUGUUUCAACGACAACAUCAACUACGACACCAAUCACAACAUCAUGUGUGCACAUCGAAUGUGAAUGGACAGAAUGGUACGAUGUCAGUUACCCAAGUUAUGACAAAAACAAUGGUGACUAUGAAACUCCAGAAAACAUAAGAAACCAAGGAUAUAACUUUUGUAAGAUCCCAGAUGAAGUGGAAUGCAGAGCACAAAGAUUUCCCAAUGAAAAAUUGGAAGCAUUAAAUCAAAAGAUAACUUGUAGCAAAACGAGUGGAUUGAUCUGUAAUAACAAAGACCAGUUUCCACCAAUCUGUAACAAUUAUGAGAUCAGAUUCUUGUGCUGUGAGUAUACACCAUGCAGUGUUGUAACCACUGUACCAAGCACAUCAACUACUGCUGAAACAACACCUGCAUAUAAAACAGUAUCAACAACAUCUAUCACAGGCAACACCCCAGUUCCGUCAGUUUCCACCACAAUACACAGCACUACAGUUGUGUCCACCACACCAAUUAUAACAGCCUCUGUCAGCACACCAGGAACAACCCCUGGGAAAGGCUCUACUGUGACAGCUACAUCCCUGCAGUCCACCCCCAUAUCCAAGCCUACAGCAACUAUUCCAACCUCAGGAAAGACCCCCGAGAUUCCCAGAACCACAACCACAAUGCUUCCGCCAUCCUCUUCCACUACCAUAUGCCAGCCCGAAUGCCAGUGGACUCCUUGGUUUGAUAACCACUAUCCAAGCUCAGACCCGAAAGAUGGAGACAAGGAAAACCAUGAGACCAUCCUGGCAGCAGGCGGGCAGCUUUGUGACAAUCCCCAGGACAUCCAGUGCAUAGCAGAGGACUACUCUGAUGUCAGCCUGGAGGACCUUGGUCAGAAACUUCAAUGCAACCUCAACACAGGCCUUUUGUGUAAGAAUUCACAACAGACUGGAAAGGUGAAAUGGUGUUACAACUACAAAACCAGAUACCUAUGUUGCAAUGACAGCCAUUGCAAACCUGCAACUACGCCUGCAGGUUCUACGACGGCAGCCACCACGCCAGUUGUAAGCACCACCUUGGGAAAGAGCACACUGCCAGCAUCUUCUGCAGGCUCCACCCCACUUCCGCCGGUCCCUACUACUACGCAGAGCACCUCAGUUGUGUCCACCACCCCAAUUGUAACAGCCUCUGUCAGCACCCCAAGAACAACCCCUGGGAAAAGCACUACUGUGACAGCUACCUCCCUGCAGUCCACUCCAAUAUCGAAGCCUACAGCAACAAUCCCAACCUCAGGAAAGACCCCUGGGAUUCCCGGAACCACAACCACCGCCCUUCCACCAUCCAGCACACUAGGAACAAGCCCUGGGAAAGGCUCUACUGCAAUAGCUACAUCCCAGCAGUCCACCCGUAUAUCCAAGCCUACGGCAACAAUCCCAACUUCUGGGAAGACCCCCGGGAUUCCCGGAACUACAACUACCGCUCUUCCGCCAUCCUCUUCCACUACCACCUGCCAGCCCAUAUGCGAGUGGACUCCUUGGUUUGAUAACCACUAUCCAAGCUCAGACCCGAAAGACGGAGACAAGGAAAACCAUGAGACCAUUCAGGCAGCAGGCGGGCAGCUUUGCGACAAGCCCAUGGAUAUCGAGUGCAGAUCAGAGGACCACCCCGGUAUCAGCCUAAAGGAACUUGGUCAGAACGUUCAAUGCAACCUCGACACAGGGCUUUGGUGCCAGAAUUCAGAGCAGACCGGAAAGAUGGAUCAGUGCUAUAACUACCAGACCAGAUACUUAUGUUGCAACAACAGACACUGCAAACCUGCAACCACGCCAGCGGGUUCCACGACGGCUGCCACUACGCCAGUUCACACCAGGAACAACCCCUGGGAAAGGCUCUACUGUGACAGCUACAUCCCUGCAGUCCACCCCCAUAUCCAAGCCUACGACAACAAUCCCAACCUCAGGAAAGACCCCAGGGAUUCCCGAAACCACAACCAGCUCGCUUCCCCCAUCCAGCACACCAGGAACAACCCCUGGGAAAGGCUCUACUGUGACAGCUACAUCCCUGAAGUCCACCCCCAUAUCCAAGCCUACAGCAACUAUUCCAACCUCAGGAAAGACCCCCGGGAUUCCCAGAACCACAACCACAAUGCUUCCGCCAUCCUCUUCCACAACCAUAUGCCAGCCCCAAUGCCAGUGGACUCCUUGUCCACCCCAAUAUCGAAGCCUACAGCAACAAUCCCAACCUCAGGAAAGACCCCUGGGAUUCCCGGAACAACAACCACCGCGCUUCCACCAUCCAGCACACUAGGAACAACCCCUGGGAAAAGCUCUACUGCGAUAGCUACAUCCCAGCAGUCCACCCCUAUAUCCAAGCCUACGGCAACAAUCCCAACUUCUGGGAAGACCCCCGGGAUUCCCGGAACUACAACUACCGCUCUUCCGCCAUCCUCUUCCACUACCACCUGCCAGCCCAUAUGCGAGUGGACUCCUUGGUUUGAUAACCACUAUCCAAGCUCAGACCCGAAAGACGGAGACAAGGAAAACCAUGAGACCAUUCAGGCAGCAGGCGGGCAGCUUUGCGACAAGCCCAUGGAUAUCGAGUGCAGAUCAGAGGACCACCCCGGUAUCAGCCUGAAGGAACUUGGUCAGAACGUUCAAUGCAACCUCGACACAGGGCUUUGGUGCCAGAAUUCAGAGCAGACCGGAAAGAUGGAUCAGUGCUAUAACUACCAGACCAGAUACUUAUGUUGCGACGACAGACAUUGCAAACCUGCAACCACGCCAGCGGGUUCCACAACGGCUGCCACCACGCCAGUUGUAAGCACCACCUUGGGAAAGAGCACACUGCCAGCAUCUUCCGUGGGCUCUACCCCACUUCCGCCGGUCUCCACAACUACGCAAAGCACCACAGUUGUGUCCACCACCGAAAUUGUAACAGCCUCUGUCAGCACACCAGGAACAACCCCUGGGAAAGGCUCUACUAUGACAGCCACAUCCCUGCAGUCCACCCCCAUAUCCAAGCCUACGGCAACAAUCCCAACCUCAGGAAAGACCCCUGGGAUUCCUGGAACCACAACCACCUCGCUUCCCCCAUCCAGCACACCGGGAACAACCCCUGGGAAAGGCUCUACUGUGACAGCUACAUCCCUGAAGUCCACCCCCAUAUCCAAGCCUACUGCAACUAUCCCAACCUCAGGAAAGACCCCCGAGAUUCCCAGAACCACAACUACAAUGCUUCCGCCAUCCUCUUCCACUACCAUAUGCCAGCCCCAAUGCCAGUGGACUCCUUGGUUUGAUAACCACUAUCCAAGCUCAGACCCGAAAGAUGGAGAUAAGGAAAACCAUGAGACCAUCCUGGCAGCAGGCGGGCAGCUUUGUGACAAUCCCCAGGACAUCCAGUGCAUAGCAGAGGACUACUCUGAUGUCAGCCUGGAGGACCUUGGUCAGAAACUUCAAUGCAACCUCAACACAGGCCUUUUGUGUAUGAAUUCACAACAGACUGGAAAGGUGAAAUGGUGUUACAACUACAAAACCAGAUACCUAUGUUGCAAUGACAGCCAUUGCAAACCUGCAACUACGCCUGCAGGUUCUACGACGGCAGCCACCACGCCUGUUGUAAGCACCACCUUGGGAAAGAGCACACUGCCAGCAUCUUCUGCAGGCUCCACCCCCCUUCCGCCGGUCCCUACUACUACACAGAGCACCACAGUUGUGUCCACCACCCCAAUUGUAACAGCCUCUGUCAGCACCCCAAGAACAACCCCUGGGAAAAGCACUACUGUGACAGCUACCUCCCUGCAGUCCACCCCAAUAUCGAAGCCUACAGCAACAAUCCCAACCUCAGGAAAGACCCCUGGGAUUCCCGGAACAACAACCACCGCGCUUCCACCAUCCAGCACACUAGGAACAACCCCUGGGAAAAGCUCUACUGCGAUAGCUACAUCCCAGCAGUCCACCCCUAUAUCCAAGCCUACGGCAACAAUCCCAACUUCUGGGAAGACCCCCGGGAUUCCGGAAACUACAACUACCGCUCUUCCGCCAUCCUCUUCCACUACCACCUGCCAGCCCAUAUGCGAGUGGACUCCUUGGUUUGAUAACCACUAUCCAAGCUCAGACCCGAAAGAUGGAGACAAGGAAAACCAUGAGACCAUUCAGGCAGCAGGCGGGCAGCUUUGCGACAAGCCCAUGGAUAUCGAGUGCAGAUCAGAGGACCACCCCGGUAUCAGCCUGAAGGAACUUGGUCAGAACGUUCAAUGCAACCUCGACACAGGGCUUUGGUGCCAGAAUUCAGAGCAGACCGGAAAGAUGGAUCAGUGCUAUAACUACCAGACCAGAUACUUAUGUUGCGACGACAGACAUUGCAAACCUGCAACCACGCCAGCGGGUUCCACAACGGCUGCCACCACGCCAGUUGUAAGCACCACCUUGGGAAAGAGCACACUGCCAGCAUCUUCCGUGGGCUCUACCCCACUUCCGCCGGUCUCCACAACUACGCAAAGCACCACAGUUGUGUCCACCACCGAAAUUGUAACAGCCUCUGUCAGCACACCAGGAACAACCCCUGGGAAAGGCUCUACUAUGACAGCCACAUCCCUGCAGUCCACCCCCAUAUCCAAGCCUACGGCAACAAUCCCAACCUCAGGAAAGACCCCUGGGAUUCCUGGAACCACAACCACCUCGCUUCCCCCAUCCAGCACACCGGGAACAACCCCUGGGAAAGGCUCUACUGUGACAGCUACAUCCCUGAAGUCCACCCCCAUAUCCAAGCCUACUGCAACUAUCCCAACCUCAGGAAAGACCCCCGAGAUUCCCAGAACCACAACUACAAUGCUUCCGCCAUCCUCUUCCACUACCAUCUGCCAGCCCCAAUGCCAGUGGACUCCUUGGUUUGAUAACCACUAUCCAAGCUCAGACCCGAAAGAUGGAGAUAAGGAAAACCAUGAGACCAUCCUGGCAGCAGGCGGGCAGCUUUGUGACAAUCCCCAGGACAUCCAGUGCAUAGCAGAGGACUACUCUGAUGUCAGCCUGGAGGACCUUGGUCAGAAACUUCAAUGCAACCUCAACACAGGCCUUUUGUGUAAGAAUUCACAACAGACUGGAAAGGUGAAAUGGUGUUACAACUACAAAACCAGAUACCUAUGUUGCAAUGACAGCCAUUGCAAACCUGCAACUACGCCUGCAGGUUCUACGACGGCAGCCACCACGCCAGUUGUAAGCACCACCUUGGGAAAGAGCACACUGCCAGCAUCUUCCGCAGGCUCCACCCCACUUCCGCCGGUCCCUACUACUACACAGAGCACCACAGUUGUGUCCACCACCCCAAUUGUAACAGCCUCUGUCAGCACCCCAAGAACAACCCCUGGGGAAAGCACUACUGUGACAGCUACCUCCCUGCAGUCCACCCCAAUAUCGAAGCCUACAGCAACAAUCCCAACCUCAGGAAAGACCCCUGGGAUUCCCGGAACCACAACCACCGCCCUUCCACCAUCCAGCACACUAGGAACAACCCCUGGGAAAGGCUCUACUGCGAUAGCUACAUCCCAGCAGUCCACCCCUAUAUCCAAGCCUACGGCAACAAUCCCAACCUCUGGAAAGACCCCCGGGAUUCCCGGAACCACAACUACCGCUCUUCCGCCAUCCUCUACCACCUGCCAGCCCAAAUGCGAGUGGACUCCUUGGUUUGAUAACCACUAUCCAAGCUCAGACCCGAAAGACGGAGACAAGGAAAACCAUGAGACCAUUCAGGCAGCAGGCGGGCAGCUUUGCGACAAGCCCAUGUAUAUCGAGUGCAGAUCAGAGGACCACCCCGAUAUCAGCCUGAAGGACAUUGGUCAGAACGUUCAAUGCAACCUCGACACAGGGCUUUGGUGCCAGAAUUCAGAGCAGACUGGAAAGAUGGAUCAGUGUUAUAACUACCAGACCAGAUACUUAUGUUGCGACGACAGCCACUGCAAACCUGCAACCACGCCAGCGGGUUCCACGACGGCUGCCACCACGCCACUUGUAAGCACUACCUUGGGAAAGAGCACACUGCCAGCAUCUUCCGUGGGCUCCACCCCACUUCCGCCGGUCUCCACUACUACGCAGAGCACCACAGUUGUGUCCACCACCGCAAUUGUAACAGCCUCUGUCAGCACACCAGGAACAACCCCUGGGAAAGGCUCUACUGUGACAGCCACAUCCCUGCAGUCCACCCCCAUAUCCAAGCCUACGGCAACAAUCCCAACCUCAGGAAAGACCCCUGGGAUUCCUGGAACCACAACCACCUCGCUUCCCCCAUCCAGCACACCGGGAACAACCCCUGGGAAAGGCUCUACUGUGACAGCUACAUCCCUGAAGUCCACCCCCAUAUCCAAGCCUACUGCAACUAUCCCAACCUCAGGAAAGACCCCCGAGAUUCCCAGAACCACAACUACAAUGCUUCCGCCAUCCUCUUCCACUACCAUAUGCCAGCCCCAAUGCCAGUGGACUCCUUGGUUUGAUAACCACUAUCCAAGCUCGGACCCGAAAGAUGGAGAUAAGGAAAACCAUGAGACCAUCCUGGCAGCAGGCGGGCAGCUUUGUGACAAUCCCCAGGACAUCCAGUGCAUAGCAGAGGACUACUCUGAUGUCAGCCUGGAGGACCUUGGUCAGAAACUUCAAUGCAACCUCAACACAGGCCUUUUGUGUAAGAAUUCACAACAGACUGGAAAGGUGAAAUGGUGUUACAACUACAAAACCAGAUACCUAUGUUGCAAUGACAGCCAUUGCAAACCUGCAACUACGCCUGCAGGUUCUACGACGGCAGCCACCACGCCAGUUGUAAGCACCACCUUGGGAAAGAGCACACUGCCAGCAUCUUCCGCAGGCUCCACCCCACUUCCGCCGGUCCCUACUACUACACAGAGCACCACAGUUGUGUCCACCACCCCAAUUGUAACAGCCUCUGUCAGCACCCCAAGAACAACCCCUGGGAAAAGCACUACUGUGACAGCUACCUCCCUGCAGUCCACUCCAAUAUCGAAGCCUACAGCAACAAUCCCAACCUCAGGAAAGACCCCUGGGAUUCCCGGAACCACAACCACCGCCCUUCCACCAUCCAGCACACUAGGAACAACCCCUGGGAAAGGCUCUACUGCGAUAGCUACAUCCCAGCAGUCCACCCCUAUAUCCAAGCCUACGGCAACAAUCCCAACCUCUGGAAAGACCCCCGGGAUUCCCAGAACCACAACUACCGCUUUUCCGCCAUCCUCUUCCACUACCACCUGCCAGCCCAAAUGCGAGUGGACUCCUUGGUUUGAUAACCACUAUCCAAGCUCAGACCCGAAAGACGGAGACAAGGAAAACCAUGAGACCAUUCAGGCAGCAGGCGGGCAGCUUUGCGACAAGCCCAUGUAUAUCGAGUGCAGAUCAGAGGACCACCCCGAUAUCAGCCUGAAGGACAUUGGUCAGAACGUUCAAUGCAACCUCGACACAGGGCUUUGGUGCCAGAAUUCAGAGCAGACCGGAAAGAUGGAUCAGUGUUAUAACUACCAGACCAGAUACUUAUGUUGCGACAACAGCCACUGCAAACCUGCAACCACGCCAGCGGGUUCCACGACGGCUGCCACUAGGCCAGUUGUAAGCACUACCUUGGGAAAGAGCACACUGCCAGCAUCUUCCGUGGGCUCCACCCCACUUCCGCCGGUCUCCACUACUACGCAGAGCACCACAGUUGUAUCCACCACCGCAAUUGUAACAGCCUCUGUCAGCACACCAGGAACAACCCCUGGGAAAGGCUCUACUAUGACAGCCACAUCCCUGCAGUCCACCCCCAUAUCCAAGCCUACGGCAACAAUCCCAACCUCAGGAAAGACCCCUGGGAUUCCUGGAACCACAACCACCUCGCUUCCCCCAUCCAGCACACCGGGAACAACCCCUGGGAAAGGCUCUACUGUGACAGCUACAUCCCUGAAGUCCACCCCCAUAUCCAAGCCUACAGCAACUAUCCCAAUCUCAGGAAAAACCCCCGGGAUUCCCGGAACCACAACCAUAACGCUUCCUCCAUCUUCUUCCAAAUCUACACCUAGGACUUCAUCCCAAACUACUGUGACAAUCUCUAUUGCUUCCUCCAGUUCUUCCUUUACUACCGCAUCAACUAGUUCAAUUACCCCUACCAUGGGAAUUACAACAGUCACUUUAAGCAGAACCACUCCUUGUUUCUGCCAUGUGUCUGGAGUUAAAGCUUCUUUAUAUUCUCCUGGGGACAUAAUCUAUAAUAGAACUGAUAGUGCUGGAUGCAGUUUUUAUGCCAUUUGCAACAAGAACUGUGAAAUUGAAAGGCACCAGGGACCAUGUCCUUCAACGCCUCCUCCCCAACCUUCUUCACCUGUACCGACCACAUCAGAAGUCCCUGGUUGCCUUGAUAUUGAUCCACCUAGACAGAUCAAUGAAACAUGGAUGUUAAGCAACUGCACCAUGGCGACUUGUGAAGGAAACAACAGAAUUGUUUUGAUACCUCAACCACCACCAGAAAAGAUAGAAUGUGCAAGUGGACUUGAACCAGUCAAAAUAGAAGAUCAAGACGGUUGUCCUCACUAUGAGUGUGAAUGUAUCUGUACUGGUUGGGAUAAUCAUCACUAUAUGACUUUUGAUGGUACUUACUACUCUUUCCAUGACAAUUGCACUUAUAUCCUGGUGAAAGAAAUUGUGAAUAAAUAUGGAAACUUCAGUGUUUUGGUUGACAAUUACUUCUGUGAUCCAACUAAUGAUCAGUCCUGUUCCAGAGCCAUUAUUAUAAAUUACAACUCUGCGAAGAUAACGCUAAGCAGUCACGUGCACAAUGGAGAGAGAACUAAUAUGAUUCUUUCUGACGAUAAGCCAGUCUAUUGUGUCUACUGUGAAAUAGAUGGCAUAAUGAUUACUAAUACCAAUACUAUGGUUGCUCAAAUCCCUGCCAUCAGUGCAUUUGUUACCUUCAAUGGGCUCUCAUUCUCAGUCGAACUACCCUAUGGCAUGUUUGAACACAACACAGAGGGACAGUGUGGGACUUGUUCAAAUGACCAGUCAGAUGAUUGCCGCUUGCCCAGUGGCCAUGACGCUAGCUCCUGCUUAGAAAUGGCCAUUGAAUGGCAGGUUUAUGAUGAAAAUAAGCCCUAUUGUGAAAGAGUGGUGCCAACACCACCACCAACGCCUGUGUCACCCACACCAACCAUCUGCACAACUCCUUCUCCUCUGUGUGAACUGAUUGUGAGCGAUAUUUUUGCAGAUUGUCAUAAGGUUCUGCCACCCAGAGUAUUCUAUGAAGACUGCCUCCUUGAAGCCUGUCACUCAGCCAAUGAUUCCCUGAGCUGUUACUACUUAGAGAUGUAUGCUUCCCUGUGCACAGCUAAAGGCGCUUGUACUGACUGGAGGGGCAAGACCGAAGGAAAAUGCCCAUACAAUUGCCCCAAAGACAAGGUCUACGAUGCCUGUGGUACUGUUCCUGCUGCCACCUGCAGUGAUGGACCAGCUGAGGACACUAGUGUCCACGUUUCUGAAGGAUGUUUUUGCUUAGAUGACAAAAUCCUUUUCAAUUCAUAUACUGACAUCUGUGUCUCAGAGUGUGGCUGUGUGGGACCAGAUGGAUUGCCCAAAUUGCCAGGUAGCACAUGGAAGAGCAACUGUCAAGAAUGUAUCUGUGACCCAUUAUCUGUGACGGUACAGUGUAAGCCACAGACCUGCGAGACCACAGAAACACCUGUUUGUGAGAAAGAAGGCUUCAUUGCUGUCCCUGUCGUGACCCCAGAAGACCCAUGCUGUCCGGAAAUGCAAUGCAAAUGCGAUACUAGUUCUUGCUCCAGCCAGAAGAAAACUUGUGAGCCUGGAUACGAAUUGGCUUCAGUCCUUUUCGAAGGAGACUGCUGUGUUACUUUCACAUGUGAGCAAAUCCCAAAUAUUUGUCUGGUCAAUGAAACAGUUUACAAGCCUGGAACAACUGUUCCUGGUAAGGCUUGUGAAACAUGCAUCUGCGGUGAUGACACAGACCCGGCCACCAAGAGAAAUGUUGUGGAAUGUACUGCAGUUCCAUGUGAUACAACUUGCACAGAGGGUCAUGAAUACCAAGUAAAUGCUGGUGAAUGUUGUGGAAAAUGUGUCCAGGUGGCCUGCGUCAUCACUCUUAAUGACACUGUUGAGUUGCUCAAGCCUGGUGAUAUUUGGCAUCCAGAAACGAAUAACUGCACUUUCUAUGAAUGCGAGGAAAUUAGCGACACAUUGGUUUUGGUUAACACUGUACGAAAAUGCCCCACCUUUGACCCGAAGGAGUGUGGACCUGUUGGAGUAAAGCUGACAUCUGAUGGCUGCUGUCAAGAAUGCAAACCUCAACCACCAAGCUGCAAGCUUCACAAGAACCAAACGUUUGUCCGGUCAGAUGACUGCAUAUCUACCGAAGUUGUAGAAAUGACAUACUGUGAAGGGGUUUGUCCAAGUUCUGCAGUGUAUUCCAAUGAAGCAAGGGAAAUGCAGCACAAGUGUACUUGUUGCCAGGAGCUGAAAAGUCAUAGGAGAGAAUUGACCUUGACAUGCCGGGAUGGCAGAAGUAUCAAUUAUGACUAUAUCUAUGUGGAUGAGUGUCAGUGCACAACUGCAUGCAUCCCACAAACCACCGUUAGUUAGAGGAUGAGAAGAAGGAGAAGGUGCAUUCCUCUCAGGAUAAAGAAACAAAUAUGUUCCAAUGCAGCUAAAGUUAGCAUUAGUCGCCAUCUAGUGCUACUUCCUCUCUCUGUAUCUCCAAACAACAUUUUACUUUUCCUUGGUCAGAUGCCAUACUAAAUUAAUGCCUUCUUUUUCAUGUGACUUUAUAGCCAUUUGCAGAAUGGAUACAUUUGGAAAACUCUCCAACCAUCCCUAAAAAGAGAGAGUAAAAUGGUGAUAGAAAUUUAAAGUAGAAAACUGAACUCUUGUACUUAACAGAUUUCUUGUGUACUUUGCUGUUUAUUUUUGGCUACAGUUCUUAACAGGCAUCUGACUGUGAUGUAGAUAAAUAUGCUUCACCAUUUAUUUCUGUAUCUCAAGAUUAAUUAAAAAAGCAUUUAAAC